AACGCAUUAUAGUUUAAUUUUAAUAUCUUAACACAGUGAUAUACGGAAUAUAAGGAAAAAAUCAGCGUGUUGAGAAAUCUCCGACAUCAGGAUGGAGUGGCAGCCGGACGAGCAGAGUCUCCAGCAGGUCCUCCUGCUGCUCAAGGACUCUCAGUCGCCAGACACCGCCACGCAGAGGGCCGUGCAGGAGAAACUGGAGCAGCUUAACCAGUACCCCGACUUCAACAAUUACCUCAUAUUCGUGCUCACAAGUCUCAAGUCUGAAGACGAACCCACUCGCUCUCUGAGCGGUUUGAUCCUGAAGAACAACGUGAAGGCGCACUAUCAGAACUUCCCCCCCGCGGUCUCGGACUUCAUCAAGCGCGAGUGUCUCAACAACAUCGGGGACCCGUCGCCCCUCAUCCGUGCCACCAUCGGCAUCCUGAUCACCACCAUAGCGUCCAAGGGCGAGCUGCAGACCUGGCCCGAACUGCUGCCGCAACUCUGUAACCUGCUCAACUCCGAGGACUACAACACCUGCGAGGGUUCGUUCGGGGCCCUGCAGAAGAUCUGCGAGGACUCGUCCGAGCUGCUGGACAGCGACGCCCUGAACCGUCCGCUCAACAUCAUGAUCCCCAAGUUUCUGCAGUUCUUCAAGCACUGCAGCUCCAAAAUCAGGUCUCACGCUAUCGCGUGCGUGAACCAGUUCAUCAUCGGCAGGGCGCAGGCUCUGAUGGACAACAUCGACACCUUCAUAGAGUCCUUGUUCGCGCUGGCGGGCGACGAAGACCCCGAGGUGAGGAAGAACGUGUGCAGGGCGCUGGUCAUGCUCCUGGAGGUCCGCAUAGACCGCCUCAUCCCACACAUGCACAGUAUCGUCCAGUACAUGCUGCAGCGGACGCAGGACGCCGACGAGAACGUGGCCCUGGAGGCCUGCGAGUUCUGGCUCACGCUGGCCGAGCAGCCCGUCUGUAAGGAGGCGCUGUCGGGACACCUGGUGCAGCUGGUUCCUAUCCUGGUGAACGGGAUGAAGUACUCGGAGAUCGACAUCAUCCUGCUCAAGGGCGACGUGGAGGAGGAGGACGACACCGUGCCGGACAGCGAGCAGGACAUCAAGCCGCGCUUCCACAGGUCGCGCACCGUCACGCUGCAGCACGAGGGCGGCGAGGGCGAGGAGGGCGAGGACAUCGGCGACGACGAGGAUGACGACGACGACACCCUGUCCGACUGGAACCUGCGUAAGUGCUCGGCCGCCGCGCUGGACGUCCUGGCCAACGUGUUCCGCGACGAGCUGCUGCCCCACCUGCUGCCCCUCCUGAAGGGUCUCCUGUUCCACCCGGAAUGGGUCGUCAAGGAGUCGGGCAUCCUGGUGCUGGGCGCCAUCGCCGAGGGUUGCAUGCAGGGCAUGGUGCCCUACCUGCCCGAGCUCAUCCCUCACCUGAUCCAGUGUCUGUGCGACAAAAAGGCUCUGGUCCGGUCCAUCGCCUGCUGGACGCUCAGCCGUUACGCCCACUGGGUGGUCAGCCAGCCGCCGGACGCCCAACUCAAGCCGCUCAUGACCGAGCUGCUCAAACGCAUCCUGGACGGAAACAAGAGGGUCCAGGAGGCCGCCUGCAGUGCGUUCGCCACCCUGGAGGAAGAGGCGUGCACCGAGCUGGUCCCCUAUCUCAGCUUCAUCCUGGACACUCUGGUCUUCGCCUUCGGGAAGUACCAGCACAAGAACCUGCUCAUCCUGUACGACGCCAUCGGGACCCUCGCCGACUCGGUCGGGCAUCACCUCAAUCAGCCGGAGUACAUCCAGAAGCUCAUGCCGCCGCUGAUCCAGAAGUGGAACGAGCUGAAGGACGAGGAUAAAGAUCUCUUCCCGCUGCUGGAGUGCUUAUCGUCGGUCGCGACGGCUCUGCAGAGCGGCUUCCUGCCCUACUGCGAACCCGUCUACCAGCGCUGCGUCACGCUGGUCCAGAAAACACUCGCUCAGGCCAUGAUGUACAGCCAGCAGCCGGAUCAGUACGAGGCCCCCGACAAGGACUUCAUGAUCGUGGCCCUGGACCUCCUGAGCGGUCUGGCCGAGGGUCUGGGCAACCACGUGGAUCAGCUGGUCGCCAGGAGCAACGUCAUGACCCUCCUCUUCCAGUGCAUGCAGGACACGAUGCCGGAGGUGAGACAGAGCUCCUUCGCUCUGCUGGGCGACCUGACCAAAGCCUGCUUCCCUCACGUCAAACCCUGCAUCGCGGAGUUCAUGCCCAUUCUGGGGACGAACCUGAACCCCGAGUUCAUCUCUGUGUGCAACAACGCCACCUGGGCCAUCGGCGAGAUCUGCAUGCAGAUGGGUGUGGAGAUGCAGCCCUACGUGGCCCUGGUUCUUCCUCAUCUGGUGGAGAUCAUAAACAGACCCAACACCCCCAAAACCCUGCUGGAGAACACCGCCAUCACGAUUGGUCGGUUGGGGUACGUGUGUCCGCAGGAAGUGGCUCCCAAUCUUCAACAGUUCAUUCGGCCCUGGUGCACGUCUCUGAGGAACAUCCGAGACAAUGAGGAGAAAGACUCCGCCUUCAGAGGCAUCUGCGUGAUGAUUGGUGUGAAUCCUGGAGGCGUGGUGCAGGAUUUCAUUUUCUUCUGCGACGCCGUGGCCUCGUGGGUCACUCCCAAAGAUGACCUGAGAGAAAUGUUCUACAAGAUCCUGCAUGGAUUCAAAGACCAGGUCGGCGAGGACAACUGGCAGCAGUUCUCCGAGCAGUUCCCUCCCAUUUUGAAGGAGCGCCUGUCCGCCUGCUACGGCGUGUAGCGCCCCCCGACCCCGCACAGGCACAGCACGCGCUGUCGGACGAAUCUUUAGGAGGGUUGCCGGGGGGGAAACUCCAUCCAUCUGUGUAUCGCACUGUCCCGACGGCGGGGGAGGAGAGGGGACGCGAGCGGCCCACCUCGCCUGACCGGGCAGCCCCCAUGCCCCCCGUGU